AUGGUGAAAGCAAAGUCGAAGACGUCCCUCGGGCUGGGAAACACGCUCAUGAAUGAUCGGUUCGGCAAGGGAAAGGGCGCAGACCGGAAGAAGACUUCGUCCAUUGUCCGAACCAACCAUGAGACGGGCGAGCAGUACAUUACGAACGACAGGCAGGAGGCAUCGUGGGUCAAGAUGCGCUCCGUGACGGAACAGGGUGCCCUCGACGAGUUCCUGGCUACCGCCGAGCUAGCCGGCACCGACUUCACCGCCGAGAAGAUGAGCAACGUCAAGAUCAUCCACACGGACCAGCGGAAUCCCUACCUCCUGUCGUCGGAAGAGGAGAAGACGGUACACAACAAGCAGAAGGAGCACAAGCAGAAGCUGACCGUGCCGAGGAGGCCGCAGUGGGAUGCCUCGACCACCCCCGGGGAGCUGGACCGCCUGGAGCGUGAGAGCUUUCUUCUGUGGCGGAGGGGCCUUGCCGAGCUCCAGGAGAUCCAGGACUUGCUGAUGACGCCGUUCGAGAGAAAUCUCGAGGUCUGGAGGCAGCUGUGGCGAGUUAUUGAACGGUCCGACCUCGUGGUCCAGAUUGUCGAUGCCAGGAACCCUCUCAUGUUUCGCUCCGAAGGGCUCGAGGCAUAUGUCAAGGAUGUCGACCCGAAGAAACAGAACCUGCUUCUUAUCAACAAGGCUGACAUGAUGACGUAUAAGCAGAGGAAAGUGUGGGCAAACUAUUUGAAGGAUGAAAACAUUGCCUACACCUUUUUCUCGGCCAAUAUGGCGAAGGAGUUGCUCGAACUUGAAGAGGCAGAGGGGGGACUUGGAGGCCCUCAGAAUGGUGGGGAGGGUGCCUCGGUCCCUAGCAAGGCCGUUGCGCCGGUGGAGACUGUUUCUUUUGCUCAAGGUAGCGGAGACGAGUCAUCAAGUGAAAGUGAGGAAGACGAGGAAGAGAACGGAAGUGACGAAGACAACAACAACAACGACAGUGAAGCAGAAGCAAGAAAGGAGGAGGAGGACGAAGACACACGGAUUCUAACAGUUGACGAAUUGGAAAACGUCUUCCUAAAGUUUGCCCCCAAAGACUCAGAUCACAAAUUUCAGGUUGGUCUGGUCGGCUACCCCAACGUCGGAAAGUCUUCCACCAUCAACGCCCUCACUGGAGCCAAGAAGGUGUCCGUCUCUGCGACACCGGGAAAGACCAAGCAUUUCCAGACAAUCCACCUAAGCGACAAGGUCAUUCUAUGCGAUUGCCCGGGCCUCGUUUUUCCCAAUUUCGCCAAUACCAAGGCUGAAUUGGUGUGCAAUGGCGUUCUUCCCAUCGAUCAGCUGCGAGAGUUCACCGGACCGGCGUCGCUCGUGGCCCGGAGAAUCCCGCAGUCCUUCCUCGAGACCGUCUAUACAAUCAAGAUCCGCACUAGACUUCUAGAGGAAGGUGGCACUGGCAUUCCCACCGCUGAGGAGCUGCUAAGCUCGUAUGCCCGCCACAGAGGCUACAUCACUCAGGGAUUCGGCCAGCCAGAUCAGUCGAGAGCCGCGAGGUACAUCCUGAAGGAUUACGUCAAGGGAAGGCUCCUGUACGUUGAGCCGCCCCCGGACCGCGACAUCGAUCCCAAGGAGUUCAACCGCGAGCUUUACGACAUGUCGCAUCUCCCCGAGAGCAGGCGCGCUGCCUGGGCGGCCGUCAUGGCCUCGGAGCAGGCUGCUCACGAGCUGGUCGAGAACCGCGCCGCAGCCGCCGCUGCUGGUGGCACCGACGCUGACGGCGACGACGACCUCUUGGCAGACGUGGUGGCCCUCCCACAGGGCGCAAAGUCCAAGCGGCUCGACCGGACCUUCUUCAAGCCCGGCGCGUCGACCGACGCGGGCCGUCUUAAGAUGCCCUUCCAAUACAAGUACACGGAGCAGGGCGCGACCCAGCCGUCGGGGAAGCACAUGAGCGGGCGCAAGAUGCGCCAGAUGAUUGCGGACGAGCAGGGGAUUGAUGUGAAAGAUGUCCAGCUCAUGACGGGAAAGAAGCAUUUCAAGGGUGGGCAGACGGCAAGGGCGAAGCGCCAGGCAAACAAGGUCGAGGAGGAUUAA